AUGACCAAGGGCCUCGUAAGAAUACGGUUAGCGAGAUUCGGGCGCACAAACUCUCCCAAGUACAAUAUAGUGGUUGCAAAUGCGCAUAAGGCUAGAGAUACCAAACCUAUAGAAGUAUUGGGAACGUACAAUCCAAUUCCAAGACUUCUGACGAAAAGCGAAAGGAAGAAAAAUGUGGUUCCUCACAAAGAUAUAGAACUGGAUUUUUCAAGAGCCAAAUACUGGAUUGGUGUAGGAGCACAACCCAGUGAAACUGUGACCAAGUUAAUGAAAAAAUGUGGGAUUUUGGGACUCGAAUGGGGGAAAACUUUUGCGAGCAGAAGAGAAGCUGUUCAGCCUCAGAAAGAGGCACUAGAGUAA